AUGGCUAUCCCAUAUGGAAAACUGUGCACCAGCUAUAACCGGGGGCUCAUUUCAAAGGCAAGAAUCAAAGCCAUCAAGUAUAGCAUUGUCAUCAUUCUCGCCUUCAUCUGCUGUUGGAGCCCAUACUUCCUCUUUGAUAUUCUGGACAAUUUCAGUGUCCUUCCAGACACCAAGGAGCGCUUCUAUGCCUCUGUGAUUAUUCAGAACUUGCCUGCUUUGAACAGCGCCAUCAACCCUCUCAUCUACUGUGUCUUCAGCAGCUCUAUCUGCUACCCCUGUGGGUAA